AUGCUACUUUCAGCAGGUCCAGCAUCGCUGGAACAGUGCAAGUACGUUAUAGAUAAACAUUUUUUACCUUUGGGUGACGGUCACUUCAGUGUUGUGAGACGUUGUAAGAAUGUGUUCACCCAAGAGGUCUAUGCUAUGAAGAUAGUUGACAAAGCUACCAUUUCUAAUAAAACUCAACUCAUCAAGAGAGAAAUUGCAGUGUUGCAGAAAAUAGAUAGGUUGAUAAGGGCAAGUGAGUCCAAUACUGCUACCAUUGCUUCGGAUGAAGGUAAUGAUGGUACUGGCGAGACUAUUUUCUAUGGUCAUCAUCAUGUCUUGCAACUAUUCGAUUUCUUUGAGACACUUGAGAACAUCAUAUUAAUAACCCAACUGUGUAGUCCUAUGGACCUUUACGAGAAGAUUGUUGAUAAUAACGUUUUGAAUUUGAAGAAACAGGUUAUCCCAUACACUGCUUGUAUAUUGAGUGCAUUGGAAUUUUUGCACAGUAAUGGUUUGAUACAUAGAGAUGUCAAAGCUGAAAAUAUUCUGUUCCGUAACUGUCAUCGGGAAGAUAGUAAUAUACCUUCCAGUUACGAUCUAACAGCUCAUGAUAUUAUUUUGGCUGAUUUUGGGCUGGCCAGUGAAUCGACUGUGUCAGGCAUCAUUGAUGACAACAAUGACAAGAAUCACGUCUUAAAGGAAUAUGUAGGGACAAUAUCCUAUAUAUCCCCAGAGAUCGUCAAAUGCCAACAUGUUUCAUCAAUGACUGACGAACAAACUGCACAAUUAGAACCUUAUAAUACUCCUGUGGAUAUCUGGGCAUUAGGAGUUCUUACAUACUUUAUGGUUUUUGGGUAUACGCCAUUUGACUGUGAGGGUGAUGAGGAAACUCUGGAUUGCAUCAGAACAUGCGAUUAUUAUAUCGAUCAAGAUAGAAUAGACGAUCCUAAUUUAGUUGAGUUUUGGGAUUUCCUGAGAUGUUGUUUCCAGAUGGACCCAUGUGAGAGACCAUCGGCAACUGAAUUGAAAUCGCAUUCAUUUUUGUCUUCAUUCUUCUCUAAUACAAAAACAGAGCUACAGAAGGAAAAAAUGUCAAAGACUCCUAUAAAAUCCUACUCUUCCUCUUCGUUGCAUUCGUUAAAGUUACCAACAAAAGCAAUCUCAGGAACUACUCUCUCUUCUUUAACAACACUGGACUCUUUGUGUGUGAGAACUUCAAGCCUGUCGCUGGUCGAUGGGAAUAGCAGCAGUACAUUGACUAUUUCUUCAAAGCAACCAUCUCUAUGGUCAAUGCAUAAUACCAAACAAUUCAAAGCUAUGAAGAAGACUCUGUCAAUGACUACUAUGAAACCUAGAAAUGGGCCCAAGCCCCCAGUUGGUGGAAUUAAAAAGUUUUCAACUUUUAAACUGGAUCCAAAUCCUCCACGUUAUACUUUAAUGAAUGGUUGUUUGAGUACCAACCCCGAAUCAAAGUCUGAUUUCCACACUACCCCAAGAUCUCUCUCAAGAGAGAGUUCGAUCAAUAGCAUACUUUCGAAUGAAAGCACCCACAAACUCGUAAACAACUUCACUUCCGCUGUCAUCUCAAGAUGUCAGCCAUCCAGCAAGCCAUUAUUUGAAAUGGGAUAUGAUGAAGAAGAUGACGAUUCUUCGAAUUAG